UCAAGCUAUCUAGAAUGUCUCUAUUCAUAGAUUUAACCAAUAUGUGCUGAAAACGUGUGACUUGAAGUUUUAGAAUGAUUGACAGGUAAAGUGAGUGAGUACAUACCAAGUUUAACGCAUUGAUAGAAGAGUGUUGAACGAUAACAUAACUAUUUGGUGUUGAAACAAAAGUGUGGUUUUAAAGAUUCUGUUAAAAAUGUCGGACUAUUUUGAGGAAAUGGGAUGGACACCGUUGGGAGAUGGUGAAGCACCGAAUCAUUUAAUACAAAUGGCUAGAUUGUUACGAGAUUUUGGUAUGUGGGAUUUGUUGGGACAAACAACGAGGUUACCACCACCCGCGUCAAAAUUGGCGAUCAAAAAUUUACAAGAAGUCGAGAUUGGUCCGUCAGAUUCGAAAGAGUGCCCUGUCUGUUUAAAAGAAUUCGAAGCAGGAAUAGUAGCAAAACGCAUGCCGUGUAAACAUAUUUUUCAUCAAGAAUGUAUAAUACCGUGGUUAGAAAAGACGAAUUCGUGUCCACUCUGCAGAUAUCAGUUACCGACUGACGAUGAGGAAUACGAAAUGUACAGACAGGAAAAACAACGCGCAAUUGUCAGGGAAAAAGAUCUGGAAACUUUACACAAUUCAAUGUUUCUAUAGAAAUAUAUGUAUAUUUUGUUUAUAAA